UCUUAACAGCGAUAUAUCAAUGCGGGAUAACUCUAUUGUAAAUAAUCGCACCUGGCGAGAAGUUGCCUCCAGAGGGUUGUGAUUUAAAGCAAUGUCACCCCCAGCUCCAGUGGAGAUCAGACCCGGUGUUCCAGAUUACAGUACAGUUCAUGAACCUCUAGGAGAAUUGUUUGAACCUAUUACAAAACCAGCUGAGUGGAAAAAGCACCUGCUAACAGGGGAUCAAGUAGACCAGUUCUGGGGAGAUGGAUUUCUACUCAAUGUUCCCAUGCUUACUCCAAGGCAGUGUGACAAAAUCCUGGAGGAUUACAAGAUCUUCAUGGGUGAAACAACACAUCCUGGCAUGGACAUGAUGUAUGAAUACCACAGCAACCAGAGUGGUGACCCCAAUAAUGUUCUGAUUCAUGCUUUAGGACACUGGAGGCUGACAAAGCUGUUCCACGAUCUUGCCUUUCUCCCUCAGGCUGUGGUUCCUACUUCACAAUUACUUGUGAAGGACAAAACACUUCCAGUGAGGUUUUGGCAUGAUCAGUUGUUUGCCAAGCCAGCUCAACAUGGUGGCUGUGUGGCAUGGCACCAGGAUUACUCCUAUUGGACUAGGACUCAACCAAUGCAGCACCUUACUAUACACAUCGCCCUGGAAGAUCAAACCAAAGAAAAUGGCACAUUGUACUACAUACCAGGUUCACACAGAUGGACAAGAGAUGGAAACCCCUUACCAGUCACUGACUUCAAUUUUAAAGACAUGGAAUCUAUUAUGACUGUGCUAACAGAGGAAGAAAAGAAAGAAUUCAAACCCAUACCAUCCCUGUUGAAGAAAGGAGAAGCCAGUUUCCAUCAUGCUAUGUCUGUUCAUGGUUCCUAUGGUAACAGGUCAGAUGGUCCGAGAAGAGCCGCUGUCCUGAACUACUUUGCUGAUGGCACAAUAUCCAACACAGACGACGAACUUCUCAAAGGGAUUACAGUUCCCAAGGGUAAAAAAAUGGAUGGACAGUUUUUUCCCAUUGUGUUUGAUCCAAAGUGGAUGGAAUGAUUCAAAUCAGGGAGCCAAACAAGGAAGAGUCUGACAAUUUAUAGCUUUGACUGUAGACAUUUGAUUACUGUAAAUAACAGAGAUAUAUAAAGAAAAAAAAUCUGUUAAAAUGAUAAGAAAAUAAUUAGGACCCUGCGUGAAAAUGCUGGAGCCCUAUAGGAAUCACAUUGUUUGUCUGUCCGUCAGUACAUUUGUUGUGGCACAAUAACUCAAACAGUUUUUAACAUGAUGGUUUUUUUUUUGCACAGAGGUAUUUUACUUUUAGAGUAAUACACCUAUAAAAUUAAGGGUCAUAUUACCUUUGUCUGUGUUUGAGUAUAUAUCAAUGACACUUUUGUUGUGACACAAUGACUCAAUCAGUUUUUAACGUAACAUUUUUCAAAUUUUACACAGAACUUUUACUAUUAGAGAAAGACUGUAAUAAAUUUAAGGCCCACAUAUUACUUUGUCUGCCUGUAUGUAUGUAUGCAGGAAAUGUAUGCGUGAAGGUAAAUCUUAAAUAGCCCCUAGUGGGGCCCUCUCUGACCGUGUCAUUUUUUUCAGCUUUUUAUCAUUACGAAAUCAAAAAAAUCUUUUAUUUUUCAUUUACACUUUUAUAAUUUUUUCUGACCAGUGUGGCAAUCAUGCAGUUUAUUCUUUGGAUUCCACAUAUACAAUCUUUUUUUUAAAAAGUACCUUUGAUAUAAAAUCAAUUUUAUGCAGUGUCUCUGAUUAAUUAUCUAAUGACUCUAUGAAAACUUGUAUUUUAAAACUGGUUAUGUAGUUUAUAUGUUACACCAACCAAUAUGAUGGCCUUGGAGACAUUGAAUCAAGGGUGCAUUGCUUUCCUGUUUAUUUAAGGAUACCCGGUGCUUGCUGGUUUGUUUGUUUGUUCAUUUGUUUGUUUUUGUGUUGUACACAAAUUAUCUAUAUACAUUGUAUGUGAUUUCGUUAUGAUUAUGAACAGAAUAAAACUUUAAUAAUGA